AUGUUCGUUCCUCUGCCGGUGCCGUUAGUGCUGCAGAGAGCUGCUCCCGACCUCUGGCGGCUCAAAGCCCCGCUGCCUCUGCGCUCCACACACGGUGUGUAUCCUUAUGUACGUGAUAUAGGUGAUAUAGGUGAUAUAGGUGAUAUAGGUGAUAUAGAGGUGUAUCCUUAUGUACGUGAUAUAGAUGAUAUAGGUGUGUAUCCUUAUGUACGUGAUAUAGGUGUGUAUCCUUAUGUGUGGGAUAAAGCACCACGACAAGGCGUCAGAGACUUCACCUCAUCAGAUUUUCUUUCUGUGUUUAAAGUAGAUAUCAGGAUGAAUAAAGCAGUUGAUGAUGAGAAGAAUGAAGCUGACUUUCCUGCAGACAGCACAGAUUCGAAGAAGAACAGUCCCAAGUCUAAUGAUCAGGUUAAAGUAGGAGAAGUCCCCGAGCUCAGUUCCCAUGCUCCACCUCCUCCAGCUCAGCCUCCUCUACCACAUACGCAGCUCAUGUUGGCUGGCAGUCAGCUAGCAGGGCUGGCGGCUCUGCUACCUGCACAGCAGCAGUUAUUGCUCCAGCAGGCUCAAGCACAGCUCCUGGCCGCAGCAGUGCAGCAGACCAAUGCAGCUCAUGCAGCUGCUGCAGCCAGUCAGCAACAGGCUCAGCAGCAACAGGCCAAUCAGGCUCUAGCACAAGUCCAGACACAAGCCAAAACGGAGCAGAGUCCUGUUCAUGCUCCACCACCACUUGCCCUCUCACAGCCCAUCCAGCUCACUGCCCAGGACAUCCAGCAGCUGUUGCAGCUGCAGCAGUUGGUGCUGAUGCCAAGUCACCCUCUGCAGUCUCAUGCCCAGUUCCUCUUGCCACAGGCACAAGCCCAGCAGAGCCCACAGGGUCUGCUUUCAACACAAAAUUUGAUUUCACUACCUCAGCAAAGCCCUGGAUCUCUCCUGACCACUCCACCCAGACUGAGCAUGCAAACUCAGCGCCAUCAUGAUGCCAGGCCAUGCUUGGUACAAAGGGAGAAGGGAAGGGACAGCAGCAUUACACCAUCAGCAGCUGCACCCAUGACCUUGGCUGCCACAGUAACCUCCCACGGUGAGGAGCCGAGUGACCUGGAGGAGCUGGAGCAGUUUGCUCGCACCUUCAAACAAAGGAGGAUUAAACUUGGCUUCACCCAGGGUGAUGUGGGAAUGGCCAUGGGGAAGCUGUAUGGUAAUGACUUCAGUCAGACCACCAUCUCACGCUUUGAGGCGCUCAACCUCAGCUUCAAGAAUAUGUGCAAGCUCAAACCCCUGCUGGAGAAAUGGCUGAGUGAUGCAGAAACCAUGGCAAUAGACAGCAUGCUGCCCAGUCCCGGCUCGCUGUCCUCUCCGAUGCUAGGCUUUGAGGGGUUGCCUGGACGACGCAGGAAGAAACGCACCAGCAUUGAGACAAACGUCCGCGUUGCUCUGGAGCGUAACUUCAUCACACAAAACCAGAAGCCUACCUCAGAGGAGAUCCUUCUGAUGGCCGAGCAGCUCAACAUGGAAAAGGAGGUGAUCCGUGUCUGGUUCUGCAACCGCCGGCAGAAAGAGAAACGCAUCAACCCCUCAAGCACCACCCCUCCCCUGCCCAGCCAGCCCCCCUCUGCAACACACAAACCCCCUUGCUACAGUUCACACAUGAUGUCCAGUCAGGGACUAGUUCAGGCAACCACCUCAAAUCUCAACGUGACAGCUGUUAGUCCCACCCCCUCUGUGGCCUGCCCUCCUAACCCUAUUGGCCAUGCAUCAAUGAGCUCUGCCCCACCAUCGGUGACUUCCCCUACUCUCAGCACAGCUAGCCCCAGCCCGACUGGGAACUCAAUGAUGGGUGUAAGCACAAGCAUGAACCAGGCUCUCAUCAGCAGCCAUCCACUGGCGACAAUGCAAGCUCUGGCGGUCAGGGGAGGCCAGAUGCCCUUUUCAACCCUAGAGAGCAGCGGUCAAAUGUUCCUGGGUGGGGCCACAGCUCCAGGGAUGGGACUAUGCUCCUCCUUCUUUCUUAACCGGCCCACAUUGUUGCCCAUGGCCACAGGCACCAGUACAGGAUUGGUCAGCACAGCACAUGCAUGUUCACCCUCCAGUGCCAGCCGCAUGAGCCCAGACUCCUGCUCUGCCUCUCUAUGCUCCAGCCCUGCUUCCUACUGCUCCUUCAGCGAAGCCUCUCCCCCACCUCUAGGAGGGGCAAUGGCUGAGUGACACCUGCAACGGCCUAUGGCAUGCUGAAGGGGAGGAGUCAGAUGCAGCUGAGACAAACACAAAAAAACCUUGCCUUUUCAAGCGAAGCCAUCUCUCACUCCCACCAUUUCUCUCCUCCAAUCCCUCUCUCACAUUACCAAAAAUAUCCUGAGCAAGGGAAGUAUGAGUGUGAGAAAACAUGAAGAUGGGGGUGGAUGAACAAAGAAAUUUAUUGGUCUGUUCAUUCUAAGAGGAGGAGUUGCAGUGUUUCUUUUUUGGCCAUAAACAAUAAUGGACACCUUUAUAAACAAAAAAAGACACUUAUAUCAACAACUGAAGCAGAAGGUAAGGACAAGAGCCAAAAAAUACUUGUUGUGAAAAAAUAAGGUGGUGGAUAAACAGAACAAAGGAAAUAUAUUUGACUGCUGUAAGUGGAUGGAAGGAAUGAGUUGAAACCAAAAAAAGUAGCUUGAGAAAAAAAGACUGAAAAAAACAAAAAUGACAAACAUGCCAAAAUUGCCAAAACCAAAACACCAAAAACUGAAACCAAAAAAAAAAAUCGGAGAGAAAAGCUUUACAUAAAAGACUUUUAAACCUGACUUGUCCAGGAUCAGAUCAUCAGCUCCACAUAUAAUCCUCAUUUUUCAGGUUUUCUGUUUUUUCUUCCUUAUUUUAUAUCCUUCUUCAGAUUCCCUGUCUUUCAGAUUAGAUUAUUAUUUUUUUUUUUUCAAUUCAUUUUGAACUUAUAUGUUUUUUGUGUGUUUACAUCUUUCUCAAUCUACCUCUACCAUAAGCUUGCUAGGGUAACUCUGUUUGAGACUGCCAUUAUUCCACAUCAUUUUGCCUAGCCACUUUUUUUUUUUUAAUAAUUAUUUUACUAUUAUCAUCAUCUGUAUCAAUGGCAUGAUAAGCUGAGUGUUUGUAUUAGUACUUCUAUAAGCUCAAACCCUUUAGCAUCUUAAUUCCUUUUCUUUUCUUAUUCAUGAUACCAAAUCUUAACUCAGACGCAUUCUCUUAAUACCAAAGCAUUUGUCUGUCCUUGUGGCAUCAACAAGCAAGAGUUCAGACAAGACCUCAGAUAUGUCAGAAGAAAAACACACUACCAACAUCUAAC